AUGCGUAAAGCUCAUGCAGGCACGCACUUGGAUGGCAGGAAGGUGCUUCGCUCCAGCAUCAGAGAGUUCCUGUGCAGCGAGGCCAUGGCCGCCCUGGGGAUACCCACCACCCUUGCACCCUCCCUUGUGACCUCUGACCUCUAUGUCAGCAGAGAUCCACUCAACAGUGGCAGGCGCUGCUCAGUCGUCCUGCGUCUCGCACCUUCCUUCAUCAGAUUUGGACUUUCUGAGAUCUUCCCGGGUCGAGAUGAUUUCUCAGGCCUGCGGGGUCCCAGUGCAGGGCGGUAUGACAUUCGCACUCAGCUACUGCAUCAUGGCAUUGAGACCUUUCAUCCUUGUAUCCAAAAGACUCAUAGCAACCGGAAAGACAGGAAUCUGGCAUUUUUCUCCCAGGUGAUGAUGCUAACCGCUAAGCUAGUGGCCCAGUGGCAGUGCGUUGGUUUUUCACAUGGCGUCCUUAACACAGACAACAUGAGCAUCUUGGAUCUGACUCUGGAUUACGGCCCCUUUGGUUUCAUGGACAGAUUUGAUCCAGAUUUAGUUUGCAACACCUCAGACAAAAGAGGGCGCUACUCAAACCAAGCCCAACCAUCUGUGUGCCGCUGGAGCCUCUAUUUCAUGGAAAUGCUCUCUGUUGGGGCUGCUCUGGAUGAAUUCAUGCCCGCGUACGAGGCCUUCUACCUGAGUAUCAUGCGGAAAAAGUUGGGCCUUGUGAAAAAAAAAGAGCUGGAGGAUAGCAAGCUCAUAUCAGACUCUAUUGCACCUCAUGCACAAACUGUUCGUCUUGUCCCUUGUACCAGAGAACCAGCGUAA